AUCGACGUAUAUAAAUCGAAGAUAACGCGUUUCGCACGCCUCAGUAACUGUCACUAUGUUUUCCAUCACUGGUCUCGUAAUCGUAUCUCUAAUAUAUCACGCCUACGGUGUGCCAGAUACACAAAUCGUAGGCGGUAAAGAUGCUCCGCCCGGCAAGUACCCCUAUCAGGUGUCAUUAAAGCGAACAUUUUCUGGAGACCAUUUUUGUGGUGGAGCCAUCAUCAGCGAGAAAUAUAUUAUCACAGCGGCUCACUGUUUCCAAAAUCUCGUCAGUGAAGGCGAAGUUAUCGUCGAUGUUGGAAGCACUCAGCUUUAUGUUCCUGAAAGUAGAUACACAGUGGACAAACUAAUACCACAUCCUCAAUACAACAGCACGCUAAAGAGAAAUGAUGUUGCUUUAAUUCGUCUAACGAAAAAUAUUAACUUUACUAAAAAUGCCAAAGCGAUAGAAAUAAUAUCUGAAAAUCGUAAUUUCGAACAUGUUGGUCUUACAGUCACUGGUUGGGGACGUACCUCGAGGGAGGGCUCAAUUCCAGAACGCCUGCAAGAAAUUGUGGUAACAGGAUAUUCUCAACAGAAUUGCAGCACUUUUUACCCAAACUGUAUAACCGACAAUCAUUUAUGCACUCUUCAAUCGAGCGGUCAAGGAAUGUGUAAUGGUGAUUCCGGCGGUGCGAUCACUUACGAAGGCAAGCUAGUUGGCAUCGUGUCCUUUGGUAAGAAGCAAUGCGCCAGUGGUUAUCCAGAUGUGUUCACUAAAGUGGUGAACCACAAGGGAUGGAUUAAUGAAUAUCUUGUUAAUGCAGGCACGAAUCAACAAUCGAAUAUCAUUUUUGGACUUCUUAUGACAUACUUAUGUAUACAUUCAUUUUUGUAAAUGCAUACAUAUAUUGUAUUACGUUUGCCUGUGAUCAAUCAUCAAUUUCAAUUAUUGAUAAAUAUUACAUGAAGAUAAAAAAAUAUUAAAAAUAUUCUUAAGAAAAAA